AUGGCCGGCCCAGCGAAUCCUUUCUCGGGUAUCGGCCAGAGAGAUGGUUCGGCUGGCUCCGCUGGUCGUGGACGUGGUGGACCAUCUGGACGCUCGACUCCGUAUCAACCUAAGGCCAACACCGCGACACGCGACCCCAGGCUUCGUGGUCGGGGGCGCGGCGCUUCAGCGGUAAGAGGCACACGUGGUCAGGGGAGGGGAGCCGGGACGGGGAAUAACGUCUGGAGAAAACAAGCCGAGCAACCGGCCGAGCCUGCCACUGUCGCCUCGUCGCUUUUCGGACAGCCGAAGAAGCUGGCUUCUUCCUCCGCCACCCCUCCUGCGCAGCCGUCUCCGAGCCCUUCCCCAUUCGCGGGAUUCGGAAAAGCAUCACCCGUGUCGUUUGGGAUUCCCUCGAGCUUCUCUGGUGCUCAAAAUGGCGGCAAUGUCGCCUCACCACGGCAACCAUUUGCGCAGCCUAUCAAUGGAGCGAUCAGUGCGGCCGUCCCCGUGGAGGACGCCGCGCUACUAAGUAGCUAUACGGAUCGCUACGAACAGCUCAAGCUUGAUAGGACGAAGCAAAGAGAGAAGGCUAUACGGGAAGGUCAGAUGGCAGAUCCGAACCAGCCAACGUCACUGCAGCAAGCCAUUACGCCUGUGGGUACUUGUACAAGCAUGUGUCCAGAAUUCGAACGCGUGGAGCGCAUUGUUCAGAAGAUGGUCGACAAGAGCGAAAAGUACCUGCAUCCUGCCACGAACACCUUACAAAAUAUGGAAUUGAAGAUGCUCAAGCGGUUUCGACGAUCGGCCGCCGGUUACGACGCGCAACUUCCGUCCGAUAUCAGAACACCUCAAGCGCUCCUUCAGACGAUGAAUUAUCUCAUUCGGCAUGUUCUCGACGGCCCUGAACCCCUUGGAUUGAUCCACAAAUUCGUUUGGGACCGGACUCGUUCAAUCCGCAAUGAUUUUUCCGUGCAACAGCUCACUCAAGAAGACGAUGUCAAGAUUGCCGUGACUUGUCUCGAGCGAAUCGCUCGAUUCCACAUUGUAUCCCUACAUCUUCUUUCUAGCCCGGCCAACGACGAACCUUUCGACCGACACCAGGAACGGGAACAAUUAAACAACACAAUGCUUUCGCUAAUGUACUACUACGACGACAACAGAGGCCGAAUCCCGUUUCCCAACGAGGAUGAGUUCCGAGCUUAUUAUAUUCUUUUCUCGAUCCAUGAUCAACGACCUGAUUUGGAAUCCCGCGUUCAGAAAUGGCCGGUUGAGCUGAGGAGCUCCCCUCGCGUUCAGAUGGCACUGGAGCUUUUCGCCGCAGCCAGCAAUACCUGGGAAUACCAGGGUACCCUCGAUGCCAAACGUCCCAACGCUAUCGCUCAGGGCUUCUACAUGCGGUUCUUCAACCUGAUAGACUCUCCGGGGGUCUCAUACCUAAUGGCAUGCGUCGCCGAAAUCUACUUCAAUCAUAUGCGUCAGACCGCCAUCCGCUCGAUAUGGAAGGCCUACUGCCGCUAUCCAGCAUCGCAACAACAUAAAAACGAAGAAUGGACAGUGGAUGAGCUUACUACGGUUCUUCGCUUCGAUGAUUAUGAUCAGACGAUCAAAUUUUGCGAAGAGCAAGACCUCCAGUUCGCCGAAAAUGCAAACGGGGAUCUUUAUCUCAACUGGGGCACCCGUCCUGUGGAUUCAGUCGCCUUUCAGCCAUCCUCGGACCAUGCAUUUUCGGACACAUACGUCGAAUCGAAGCGCGCAGGUAGAACGCUUCCAGCAAUCAUUCUUGGGCUCAACAUCAAGGAGGCAGCAAAUCUGCAGAUGAUCGACAGUUCUCUCCUGCCGGAACGUCUCCCUGCUCUUCCCGCUCCUCAACCACAUACUUCGACAAAUGAUGAUUCACUUUUUGUGAGCGACGACGAGAACCCCUCUGCCCUUCCGAACGCUUUUGUGAAUGUCUCACCAGCAGCUACCAGCACUGAACCGAGUCGCCCCCCGACUUUCUCAUUCGCCUCCCCUUCACCUCAACCACAAGCGCCUGAAAAACAGGCGGCUCCUCUCUCGUCCUUUUUUCCUAAUCCUUCCUCUAACACCUUCGGCGCGCCUUCGCCGUUACCACCAACUCCUUUCGCCACUGGCACCCCAACUUUACCCCAGUCAAGCCAGUCACAAUUGGGUCUGUCAGCAACAUCGAGCGGUCGGCCGUCGUCUCCGAGCCCAUUUUCGAAUGGCGCUUCGGCAUUCUCGUUUUCUAAGCCCCCACAACAGGAUCAAAGUACGAUCUCUUUCCCGUCGGCAACGGGCAAUCAACAGGCUUCUUCGAGCGCGUUCACUACGACCACCUCUCCUUUCUCGUUCCCCAAACCUCCCCAGCAGGAUGAAAGCAGUAAGCACGUGUCUAGUACGUCAAACGCACAAAAGGCCUCUUCAGAUUCGUUCUCAUCAACUACUUCGCCUUUCAAUUUCGGACAACCAGCUCAGCCAGAACAGGCAACCACAGCGUUACCGACAGGAAACAGCCAACAGCCUAUCUUCGCCAAUGUUCAAAGCCCGAGUCAAGAGAAGCAGCAACAACCGCCACUCUCCUCGCUUUCAUCCUCUACGCCAUUCAAAUUAUUAACAUCUUCCACUCCUCAGCCAUCUUCAACUUCACCUUUCAGUACUUCCGUUCCUGCAUCUGCGUCAAAUCCUGUCUUUUCCACUACCGGGCAGUCCGCUCCUAGCAUAUUCAGCACUGGUGGUUCAAAGCCUACCUUCGACGGUUUCUCAGGCUCGGGCUUCAGUGCUUCUGUACCAAGCCUGACCUCUGAUAAUGCGGCUGCUAAACAGCCUCCGUCCUUGUUUCCCAAGCCUUCGGAAGAGACAGCCAAGCCGGCAUCCCCUUUCCCUUUAUUUUCUCCUCCGAAACAGACCAGUUCUCCGCAAAAGCCACUGCCUGCAGCCACCGAACCGAGCAAGAAUCAAACUCCAGCGGUUCCUGCUCAGCCUCUACCCGAAGAUGCUACGACUAACGAAGAGGUGCCUGUGCAGCGUACUUCCUGGUUGUCGGCUCUCAGGGAAGCCGCUGACCGGCGUCGGGAGAGCAAACCAACCGCCAGUCGCAAACGAGUUCACGAGGAACCUGAAGAACCCUCGCCACCCCAAAGCGAUAGCGGCACCAAGGUGGUCAAGGCGCAAAAGCAAGAAGCGCCUCGCGUGCCCAGCCGGAAGUCAAUGGCACUUUCAUCUCUGAAGCCUUUGCCCAAGCUUCCGAUCUUGGAACAAAUCGAGUCGAUGACCACCCGGAAGCCAGUCGCGCCCUCAAAACCCCAGGAGCCAAGGUCUGUUCAAGUCGAUGAGGACGAGCUCCUUCUCUCUGCUGCCCGCAUUGCAGCCGAGUCGUUGAGAAGCGGUCCCCGGAUCCUGGACGGGUGGUCUGCCGCUUCUUACGAUGGGCGGGCGUCUUCCUUUAGCGGUAGAAGUAGCGCGUCGCCGUCUUAUGCAUUUUCGCGAAGCCAGUCACCCCAGUCGGGCCAAGUGAACGGGUACGAGAUUUCCCUAGCCCCCGAUACCAACCUAGGGCUAGGCCGUACCAUGUCUCGAACGGAGCAGCGGAUCCGCAUGACCGGGGCUCACGGGCUAGCCUACAAACCUUUGGAC